GGAGGGGAGCGCCUGAAUACAUAUCUCUCCUCCCCGUGACGUCGCGCGGUCUGGUCCCGGGGUGCUUUGCUCUCCAGUCCCGUCUCAGCAGAAACCACUUCAGUUGCUGCCUCGUCCGUCCAUCCACACAACCAGCGUGCAACGUGCGCGUUACGGUGCGGCGAGGUACAUUACGGGCACCUUUCCUUGUUCUUCUUCUACUCCACGCUGCCUGUCUUGUCCCACAUAUCAGUGAACUGUUUCCACACACCGCUUGAAGAAAGAGGAGAGGACCUGAGGCGCUGAAUAAAUAGGGAGAGGGCGGAAAGGAGAAGGACAGAGAGAGUGUGAGAGAGAGAGAGAGAGAAGAAAAAGAAAGAGGAGAGAGGUCGCCCUAGUCGCUCCACUUCCCCUUGCUGAAUCUCUACCGAGAAGAUGCUGAGACUAGCCGGCGUGUUGGCUGUAGUGGCUCUGGGGUUGAGCGCCGCUCACACCAAAGUAAAUAAACACAAACCGUGGAUUGAAACAUCAUACCAUGGGGUAAUCACUGAAAACACUGACGUUGUUCUGCUAGAUCCUCCUCUGGUGGCCCUGGACAAAGACGCUCCCAUCCCCUACGCAGGGGAGAUCUGUGCAUUCAACAUCCACGGGUUGGAGGCUCCGUUCGAGGCAGUGGUGCUCAACGGUACGUCUGGCGAGGGCCAGCUGAGGGCCCGCGGCUUGGUGGACUGCGAGCUGCAGAAGGAAUACACCUUUAUCAUCCAGGCUCACGACUGCGGAUCUGGCCCCGGGGGCACGGAGGGCAAAAAGUCCCAUAAGGCAGUGGUGCACAUUCAGGUCAAUGAUGUGAAUGAGUUUGCCCCGGUGUUUCGGGAGCCCCAGUACCGAGCCGCGGUGACGGAGGGCAAGAUUUAUGACAGCAUCCUGCAGGUGGAGGCCACUGACCAGGACUGCUCCCCACAGUACAGCCAGAUCUGUAACUACCAGAUCACCAACACCAACACACCCUUCGCUAUAGAUCGCAAUGGUAACAUCCGGAACACUGAGAAGCUGAGCUACGACCGGCAGCAGCUGUACAAGAUCCAGGUCACAGCCUGGGACUGCGGCCAGAAGAGAGCCUUGCACAGCGUCCCUGUCCACAUUGACGUCAAGCCUGUCUGCAAGCCUGGCUGGCAAGAUUGGAGUAAGCGAGUGGACUAUGAGCCAGGAACAGGAAGUAAGCAGCUGUUUCCUAAAAUGCAGCUGGAGACCUGUGGCGGACCGCUGUCGUCAGUGAGGACCACAGUGGAGCUACAGACCAGCCACAUUGGAAAAGGCUGUGACCGCGAGACCUAUUCUGAGAAAUCUCUACAGAAACUCUGUGGGGCCUCCUCGGGCAGCACUGACCUUCUGCCUGCCCCCAGUGCUGCCACCAACUGGACAGCUUCCCUUGUGACUGACAGCGGCAGGGACAGUGACUUGAUCUUCAGGUUUGACGGUCAUCAGGCAGCUAAAAUCCCAGACUGGGUGGUACCCCAGAAUCUGACAGACCAGUUCACCAUAGCAACCUGGAUGAAGCACGGACCCAGUCCUGGUCUCAGAGCUGAGAAGGAGACUCUACUCUGUAACUCUGACAAGACUGAGAUGAACCGUCAUCACUAUUCCCUGUAUGUCCAUAAUUGCCGCCUGGUGUUCCUGCUGAGGAGAGACUUCACCCAGGUGGACACCUUCAGACCGGCUGAGUUCCACUGGAAACUGGAGCAGAUCUGUGACAAGGAGUGGCAUUACUAUGUGAUCAAUGUGGAGUUCCCAGUGGUGACGCUCUAUGUGGACGGAGUAACCUAUGACCCCUACCUGGUGACUGACGACUGGCCCAUCCACCCCUCACAGAUUGACGUGCAGCUCACAGUCGGUGCCUGCUGGCAAGGUGGGGAGGUGACCAAGCCGCGGUUCACCCAGUACUUCCGGGGCAGCCUUUCUGGAUUGACCAUCCGACCGGGGAAGAUCGAAAGUCAGAAAGUAAUUUCCUGUCUGCAGGCCUGCAAAGAAGGACUGGACAUCAACUCCCUCGAGAGUCUGGAUAAGAGCAUAAAGUUCCACUUUAACCCAGCACAGUCUAUAUUGGUAAUGGAGGGAGAGGACUUGGAAAACAUGAAUGCUGCUGUGAGGAAAGUUUCCUACAUAAACUCUCGUCAGUUUCCCACACCAGGCAUCCGACGUCUGCACAUCUCCACUGCCGUCCAGUGUUUUGGUGAAGACACUUGUAUCACCAUCCCAGACAUUGAUGCAGUGGUGAUGGUGUUGCAGCCCAGUGAGCCCAGGAUAACCAUCACCGGAGUGGAGAGACUGAAUCAGCCGGCCUCCGACCUCAGAGCGCCAGGCGGCACAGCUCUGUUCCAGGACCUCCACAUCAUCAGCACAGUCACCAGGGCAGAUGCCACCGCACAUCACACAGCACAUCGACCCGGGGUGCUGGAGGAGAUUAUUCAUAACUUGGACUACUGUGAUGUCCUGGUGUUGGGGGAGGAGCUAGUGCCAGAGCAGGAGUCUCUCCAACUGCAGCGCCGCGCUCUGCUCGGAAAACACCUCGACGCCACUAACUCCACUUCUGGCAUGUCCAUAUAUGGUGUGGACUCCAUGUCUAACUAUGAACAGGUGAUCCGACAGGUGCGUUACUAUAACUGGCGGCCUGGACAACUAACAGAGAGAAGGUUUCGCCUCACCUGCUCGGAGCUCAAUGGACGCUACACCAGCAAUGAGUUCAACCUUGAGGUGAGCGUACUGCACAGUUCAGAAGCAGGGGAGCAUGUCAAUCACAUGGUAGCCCCGCCUCAGUACAUGCAGGUGGUCCACCAUCCGUCCAUGAUUCAUGACCUGUACCCCAGCCACAGCUCAGCGAUGCCGAGUGCUGCCACCGUGGUAAUUGUGAUGUGUAUCGCUGCUCUGGUGGUGGUUGUGGUGCUGGGCAUCUACCGCAUCCAUCUGACCCACCAGCAGGAGGUCAAACUGGCAGAGACAGCCAAAGAGGCAGACGUGAUCUGGGAUGACUCGGCUCUGACGAUCACGGUCAACCCGAUGGAGAACCUGGAGGAGCCCCAGGCUGCAGAGGAGGAGGCCAGUGAGGAGGAGGAGGAGGAGGAGGAGGAGGAGGAAGAAGAAGAGGAGGAAGAUGAAGAGGAGGAGGAUGACAUUACCAGCGCUGAGUCAGACGACAGCGAGGAGGAAGUGGACGUCCAGCUACCCAGGAUGCAACGCCCAAGCAAGAAGGGCCUAAACUGGGACAAAACAACGAUAUCUUAUUGAAAACACAUUCACAGUCACUCACAUGCACACACGUUCUGCAACACGUCCAUACUGAAACCUCAAAUCAGAUGGUUGAAACAAAAAGACUUUAUGUGAUGUUGAUGCUCUAAAAAUGAGGUAAUAUCUCCCCCUACUGGAAGACUUCACUGAAAUACACAUUGUGCAAUGAUUUAACCUUAGCCUUGUCAGAAAACACCCCGUUUUAUACAGCUGAUAAGAACAAAUAUGACAUUCAAGCUGCUCGUCAAUCAAAUUACUUUCAUUAUAGGGACAGCUCACCAAAUUUCGGUCCUCCCCUGAGAGCUAUUAUCUCUCUCCCAUUACAGUCUACACCACAACUACGAUCUGAAAUGAAGUGGUUGGAAUCUCAUGUUGUCAAUAAAACCCUGCACCGUACAUUCAGUUUGAUGUGACACCUGUUAGUCCACAGUGAAAUUUCUGAUGUCCCAUGAAAAUGCAAAACAGUCUUUAUUUACUGUAAGAAAACUAAGUUGCAAAAGUAAAGAAACUGACUAUUUUUUUGGUUUGUAUACUUUAUGUUAUUUAUCAGUCUUCAAUUCUAGCCUACGUGGCACAGCCAGGUGAUUUUACAGAAAUAGCAUAUUUUCAAUGGUACUCAAAAAAAGAAAAAAAAAAAAAAAAAAAGAUGAUCUGUGUGUAGUCAUGGUGAACUAGCUGAGGGGUCUGAGUUCUGGGUUUUUGGGAAAGACAGCGGAGUCUCCAACAUGUACAUUUUUAUACGCUCCUUUCUUGUAAAUAUUGAGUAUAGUAGAUGACCCCCCCACUCCCCACUCUCUAACACCACUUUCUCCACCCAGAAACCCUCCUCUCCACCUGUAUACAGCACACAUUCCACCUCUUCAUAUGUAUCUUGAACCCUUACUGUAGCCUGCAGGAGUCUUCACUGAACUGACCCCUCAGUCCUCUGUGUGUGUGUUUGUAGCUCAGUGUUCAGAUCAUUCCGAGUUGGGUUUGUUAGUAUGGAUGUGCCACUGCCUUCAUAGUGACUGGGUCAGUUAAAGCUGCACUACGCAACAUGUUCAUGGAAAGAGAUGCCGGACUUAUACAUCUAAAUCACACAGCAGGGAUGUGACAGAGAAGAGAGUCCCCUCACUACUCAUACUGUAUAUAGUCCACAAGACGUGCCCAAAUGAAAUCUUGGUCUCAGGUGUGGUCACAGCAGCGAGAUCCAAAUCAACAAGUACUCCCUGAAAGAAAGCUACACUACUGAUACCACCAUAUCACUAUUAGUCAUUCAUGCUGCAUCGCAGAGAUGUGGACAGUGAGAAAUUCCAACUUUCUACAAGAAAAAAUGCAACAGCACUGUCCCUUGACAUUGGAAUUUCAAGAAGGAAAGUCAAAAGAUGCAAAUAUCAACAUGAGAGCCGUGACUGAUCAAUUCUGGAUAUUUUAGGCCAAUACCCAUAUCAUUAUUUGACAUUAAAAAAUGUGACAAUUCUAUGCAUUUGUUUUGUUUGUUUUUACAUAAAAGACAUUGCAUAAAUGUACGUUUUUUUUUUUAUAAGGACCCUUUUAAUUAGGUUAUCAAAGCUAAUAUAUAAUAUAAUAUAAUGUAGAAUAUGUACUGAGUGGAACAUUUUACAGUAGAAAAAUAAACUUCUAACCACUGACAACAAAUGCAACAGAAACUAUUAAGGUUAAAAGUAAGGCUCAAAUAUGUAUAAAUGUAGCCUAUAUUUAUUUUAAUGAUUUAAUUUAAUAUGAAAAAUAAUAAAUUCAUAUAACAUAAUAAUAAUAAUGUAAUAGAAAUAUAAUAGAUGACUGUCUAAGCUGCACUAACUAAUAUUUUUAUAUUAACAAUAGAUUAAAUCACUACAUGUAAAAUAUGGUGUCACUCGUAGUGAUGAACCCACUGAGAGUUAUCACCAACUCUACAGCUCCCCCUCAGGUCUACAGAGCUUUUGUCUUUCAGCUCAUUGUUUUAGUUUUACAACUCACAACUUUAACAUUUUGGUUCAGUCUUUCAUCAACCUUAUUUCCAAUAGCUCUGAUAAAUCCACUGUACCUGCUCAGCACCAAACAACAGACAGACAAAGUUAGGGGCUAGGUGGUGAAGACAGUGGAGCAUUUAGCAGCUAAAGAGCUGAUCGGCUUUCUCUCAAAACUGAGCUAAAAGGGGGAGUGAAUACUGGACUUACAUUCAUCAAUUGACCAGAAACACAACUCCAUGGCAUGCACUUUAAAAGCUACAAAGCAUCACUUGUAUGUCCAUGUCCAAUCUCCUAAGGUACUUUUUGUCAAUUUUCAUGAGCUAAUGCUGCAAAAUAUCACUGACACAAAAUGUGUGCUCCCAUGUGGCAAAGACAACAUUCCUGUUAAAAGAAAGAACUGAGACUUUACACCUUACCUACAGAAACCUUUCCAACUUUGAAUGAAAUGCAGCAUUAAUGAAAGAAAUCCCCACUUCAUCAACAGCACUUGGUGCCACAGAAUUGUGAAGUUGCCUGAACAACUUUAAGGUGACAGAGAAGUGAAUGCAUUUGGCAGUAUCAAAUUUGACGCAACCAGAAAACCCAGUCAAAGGUUUCUUCAACUUAAACUGAAAGGGCAUUAAUCUAUGGCUGUGGCCAUCCUGAAUCCAGUCUGUCUGUAACGUUCGAUAGCAAAGAAUCCACUAACAACAACAGAAGUUGAAUUACGUGUGACACAUGUAGUGGCUGAAAGUCUGCCACAGAUAUAUCAAUGUUUGGUUAAAGUCACAAACACUGGAAAGUUUCCUCCUCUAACGUAGUGAGCCUCUGACAGCUUUCCUGUAGGUGUUGCUGGGAGAGAACGUGCUGUAUGUGUAUACUGUAGUUCUAUGUUCAAGUAAAGAUCUCAUGUGUUGUUUAAGAGUGUUCCUCAUUUCAUGUGACACCUGUUCUUGUGACGUCACCUCCCUCCUUACACCCCCCCUCCCCCCGCCCAGAAACUUUGGUGGAUUUUGCGUCGGCCCGAGCCCUAAUGUUGUCCUGACAUUUGUUUUUAGAAGAGGAGGACGGUGGAAUUAACAUGGAAAUCUUGUAUAAUGUGUAAAAGUUUUUCGAUUCUUUUUAAGUUUUCCUUUUUUCUUUUCUCUGGACUCUUUGGUCUUUUUUUCUUUGAAAUGGUCACUACAGCACUUUCUGUAAAUUGGCCAAUAAAAACUUGUUUUGGAAUC